AUGUCACCGAACACCGAGGAUCAUGGCAAGCGAGCCCAGACGGCAUGGCGUUCAGAUUUGACACAGAGAUCCAAAUUGCAGAAGCUCUGGCAAUCGUCCAGGUUGUGCACCCUCCCUGCCAGUCCAGACGGUUCGAAGCCUGCCACGGUGCAGAUUUUUACGACGGCUGUGAGGUGCUCCGGCACAGCCCGCUCCACAACAACAACCGGAAUUCCUGGUUUGGAGGCGUCGGACAAAGGACCAAAGCCGACAACACAAGCAUGA